AUGUGUAACCACACUGGAGUAACUUACUUUAUUAUUCUUGGUUUCUCUGCGUUCACAGAUGUUUGGCUUCCAUUUUUUAUUCUUGCCCUUUUCAUUUACUUGUUUACCUUGUUGGGUAACUGUACAGUUGUAAAUAUUGUGUACUUGGACCCUUUACUCCACUCGCCCAUGUAUUUCUUUCUGUGCAAUUUGUCAAUCAUGGAGAUUAUCUAUUCAUCUGUCACUCUGCCUAAAAUGCUAAGGAACCUUAUUUUAGAGGACAAGAGAAUAUCGUUUAUUGGCUGUGCCAUUCAAAUGUUCUUCUUUUUGGCUUUGGGAACCACUGAAUGUCUUCUUUUGGCCAUUAUGGCAUAUGACCGCUUUACAGCCAUCUGCAAACCACUGCAUUACAGUUUGAUUAUGAGUCGCCAGAAUUGCUGUCAGCUAUCUACUUGGUGUUGGUGCUCUGGUCUUCUGCUCUCCAUGGGUCAGACAGCCUUCAUCUUCACUCUACCAUUUUGUGGUCCUAAUGUAAUUGACCAUUUCUUUUGUGACAUUCCUCCGGUUCUGAAGCUAGCAUGCACUGACACCUACUUCAAUGAGGUGGCCAUUUUCAGUGUCUGUGUUAUCAUACUGCUUGUGCCAUUUGUACUUAUCCUUUGUUCUUAUACACAAAUAAUUCAUACCUUACUCAAGAUGAGAUCUGUGGAAAAUACAGGGAAGGCAUAUUCCACCUGCGUAUCUCACUUGACUUCAGUCACGCUGUUCUAUGGUACAGCAUCCUUCAUGUACUUGCGUCCCCGAGCUCUUUACUCUCUCCAUACCGAUCGAUUUCUGUCUCUGUUUUACAGUAUGGUAACACCGAUGCUGAACCCACUUAUUUAUAGUUUGAGAAACAAGGAGGUGAAAACAUCACUAUCAAAGUUCCUCAAAGGACAUCUUUGUCAUAAAUAA